UUUAACAAAAUCCUCAUGGGAGGCUGCAUUUCUGCACCAGCGAAAGCAGCUCUCCAUAGGAAGAAAAAGGACUCCAAAGACAUAUCCAAAUUCGAAUUCGAACACCACAGCCCCACCGGAUUCCUCAACUCCGGCGCCUUACACCUUCUCCCUAUCCUCAACAAACCAACUGGCAAUGACAUAUUCAAGAAAUACAGCUUUGGCAAAGAACUCGGCCGCGGCGAGUUUGGCGUUACGUACAAAUGUGUCGAUCUUGAGACCAAUGAGACAUUUGCUUGUAAGACCAUAGCUAAAAGCAAGCUGAGGACCGAUAUUGACAUUGAGGAUGUAAGGCGAGAGGUCGAGAUUAUGCGGCAUUUGCCUGCACAUCCUAAUAUUGUGACCUUCAAGGAAGCUUAUGAGGAUAUGGAUGCCAUUUAUCUUGUCAUGGAGCUUUGUGAAGGUGGCGAGCUUUUCGAUAGGAUCAUUGCACGUGGGCAUUACAUGGAACGCGACGCAGUUAGGGUUGUCAAGAGUAUUAUUGAGGUUUGCAAGAUAUGCCAUGAGCAUGGAGUUAUACAUAGGGACCUGAAACCCGAGAAUUUCUUAUUCACAGAUACAAGUGAAACUGCACAGUUAAAGGCAAUCGACUUUGGCCUCUCCGUAUUCUAUGAAACUGGUCAGCGAUUCAGUGAAAUUGUUGGAAGUCCAUAUUACAUGGCUCCAGAGGUCCUAAGAAGAAAUUAUGGGCCAGAAGUUGAUGUAUGGAGUGCAGGUGUUAUCCUUUAUAUUUUACUUUGUGGAGUUCCUCCCUUUUGGGCAGAAACUGAGGAAGGAAUUGCACACGCAAUUGUUCGGGGUGACGUAGAUUUUGAAAGGGAUCCUUGGCCAAAGGUUUCUGCGGAAGCAAAGGAUCUAGUGCAAAAUAUGCUUGAUCCAAAUCCAUACAGUCGGAUGACAAUGGAUGAAGUCCUUGAACAUACUUGGAUAAAAAAUGAAAAUAAAAUGCGCGAUGUUUGUUUGGGAGAAAAUGUGAGAUUAAGGAUCAAACAGUUCUCCUUGAUGAAUAAAUUCAAGAAGAAGGUUCUCAGAGUUGUAGCAGACAACUUGCCAGAUGAACAAGUAUUUCGAAUCAAAGAGAUGUUUGAUAUGAUGGACACAGACAACAAUGGACAGUUGUCAUUUGAGGAGCUCAGAGUGGGCCUUCAUACGUUUGGGCACUCUGUUCCUGAUCACGAGGUCCAGAUGUUAAUGGAUGCUGCGGAUGUUGAUGGAAAUGGCACACUAGAUUGCGAAGAAUUUGUGACAAUGUCUGUUCACAUGAUGAAAAAGAUUGGUGGUGAUGAUCUUCUCUCUGAAGCUUUUAGGUUCUUUGACAAGAAUCAAAAUGGGUAUAUUGAGUUUGAUGAAUUGAGAGAGAUCAUGCUAGAUGAUAAACUUGGUCCUAACAAUGACAAGCUCAUCGAAGAUAUCAUAUUUGAUGUUGACUUGGAUAAGGAUGGUAGAAUCAGUUAUGAUGAGUUUAAAGCAAUGAUGAAAACAGGCAUGGAUUGGAAAAUGUCUUCUCGCCAGUACUCUAGAGCAUUGCUAAAUGCUCUCAGCCACAAAAUGUUCAAGGACAAAUCUAUGGAUGUAAAAGUUGACAAAAUGUUCAAGUCUAUGGAACUAAAGCCUAAAUGUUGAUUAAUCACUUGAGGUAACCAAAAAUGUUGAGGUACCUUAAAUCUUUUUCCUCUCCCCAGAACAAUGAAAAAUUGAAACGUAGAUAUCAAAUAUUCAUAGGCACUGUUGUAAUGAUUUUGUCUUGUGAAAAGAUGGAUUUUAACGUGAAGGAUUUGGAAAUGGAUUUUUUUAGGAGAAAAGACAGGUUUGAUGAUGAAA